CCAUUUUCCACACAAAGAAAGCACAGCGCCCCUCACAGGAAUGGAGGUGCACAUUGCCGCUAAACCAAGCAUCGCCAUAUUGAUGUCCCAACAACGUCGAGAGGGCAUAUGACAGUGGGAAUCCUAGUGAUGACUCUACUGAGCCCGGUGCCCCCUGAUUAGACUGGUUGGAUGUCCUCCUUAACAACUACAACAAUCAGCCUCUACCAAACCAACGUAGCAUCAGCUCUGCAGCGACCCCACCUGUCACCUGCAGCUUGGAGGAAACCUCCAAGGUGAUCCAGAGAACAACCUGUGUAUAAUAUGUCCGGCUCUGUCCCAAGCCGCUCUCGAGUUUACCCUGAUGUAAACACACAGAGGCCUCGGGAGUACUGGGACUACGAGUCCCAUGUGGUGGAAUGGGGGAACCAAGAUGACUACCAGCUGGUGCGCAAACUAGGACGGGGCAAAUACAGUGAGGUGUUUGAAGCCAUAAAUAUCACCAACAAUGAGAAGGUUGUUGUCAAAAUACUCAAGCCAGUCAAAAAGAAGAAAAUCAAGAGAGAAAUCAAGAUUCUAGAAAACUUGCGAGGCGGUCCCAACAUCAUCUCACUUUUAGAUAUCGUCAAGGAUCCUGUGUCUCGAACUCCCGCGCUGGUUUUUGAGCAUGUCAACAACACUGAUUUCAAGCAACUGUAUCAAACUUUAUCAGACUUCGACAUACGGUUCUACAUGUUUGAAAUCUUGAAGGCCCUUGACUACUGUCACAGUAUGGGGAUCAUGCACAGAGAUGUCAAGCCACACAAUGUGAUGAUUGAUCAUGAACACAGAAAGCUCCGCCUGAUCGACUGGGGCUUGGCAGAGUUCUACCACCCUAACCAGGAGUACAAUGUGAGAGUGGCCUCGCGCUAUUUCAAAGGACCUGAGCUGCUGGUAGACUACCAGAUGUAUGACUACAGUUUAGACAUGUGGAGUUUGGGCUGUAUGUUGGCCAGCAUGAUCUUCAGGAAGGAGCCUUUCUUCCAUGGACACGACAACUACGACCAGCUCGUACGGAUUGCUAAAGUCCUCGGCACAGAGGACUUGUAUGACUACAUCGACAAGUACAACAUUGAACUAGACCCACGGUUUAAUGACAUUCUGGGCAGACACUCCCGUAAGAGGUGGGAGAGGUUUGUGCACAGUGAGAACCAGCACCUGGUGAGCACCGAGGCUCUGGACUUCCUGGACAAGCUGCUGCGUUACGACCACAACGCUCGCCUCACGGCCCGGGAGGCCAUGGAACACCCAUACUUCUACUCCGUUGUUAAAGAUCAGGGAAGGGGCAGCACUCCUGGAGGAAUAGUUACCAGCUCCACUCCAGUCAGCUCUUCCAGUAUGAUGGCAGGUAUCACCUCCACAAAGGCACUGGCUAACAACGCUGGAUCACCUGUCAUUUCUGCCCCCAACACUCUGGCCCCACAAGUCCCAGCGGCCGGGGCACAGCCCUGAAACCUCCACCCCCUCCUCCCAGCGGCUGCCGGGGCACAGCCUUGAAACCUCCACCCCCUCCUCCCAGCGGCUGCCGGGGCACAGCCCUGAAACCUCCACCCCCUCCUCCCAGCGGCUGCUGGGCACAGUCCUGAAACCUCCACCACCUCCUCCCAGCGGCUGCCGGGGACAGCCCUGAAACCUCCACCUCCACCUCCCAGCGGCUGCCGGGGCACAGCCCUGAAACCUCCACCUCCCAUCAGCCACUGGAGCACAGCCCUGAAACCACCACCUCCUCAUGGGACCUCCUCACCUAUGUUUGUGUGGGCCCGUGGGUCGGUUCAGCCCACCCUACUCUCUACUAUGUGUUGGCCUGGCCCGUGGGUCGGUUCAGCCCACCCCACUCUCUACUAUGUGUUGGCCUGGUCAGUGGGUUUCCUUUUUAUUACAUUGAGAAGAAUGACGGAGAAAAGAUGUUUAAAUUGCUUUUCCCUGUUCAGUUAUAUUUUGAGAUCUGGACUUGACAUCAUUUUUUAUUUGUCACACCUGUCUGGAUGAUUUGGUCUAGGAAUUCUAAUACAAUGUAGACAUGAUGAUGAAGAAGAAGAGAAUGGAUAAUAACAUUUAUUUUGUAUGUCCCAAAUAUACAGUCUAGCUUGAAACAGUUUGUUUGGGGAUUCCUGCUGUUGCAAUACACUGAACCUGUAGACAACUUCACAAAACGAGACAGGAUUCUCUGAUGUAGCCCCCACUUGGCAGUGCUGGAUAGUUGCUCACACACUACUGUUAAGUGCAGGAGUUACCGGUGUUUUGAAGUUGUUAGAAGCUAUCGUACUUGGAUUGGACAUCUGUAGAUACUCUACAGUAACUGUUAGGUUGCAUGCACCAAAUGCUGACUAUCACAGGGUCAAUAGUUUGCCAAUUUGGUGUUACUUUUACUUCUGUAUACAUGUUUGUUUGUUUUUUAAUGUGGUCUCUUACACAUGAUUUUGAAUACAUAGGCAAUUUUGUAACUUUUUGUUUUUAUUUUGGGAGGAGUCUUAUCACUUGCAAAAAAAUCGACUUCAUAAAUAAACAAUUUUAAACAGGCAAA